UUCUCGCCCGCAUCGUUCCGCGUGUAGCCUCCGGGCCCUACGGCCGCCAUCGUCGCGUCGGAGGCCAGCGACCGUUAUGCUCUUUAACCGCCGCGUCCGCCACGACCCACUCGAAUAGCGAAUAACCGCGGGAAAGCCGGCGGCGCUGCCCAUUGGACGUGGCCGGCCAACCGUCUGGCCAAUCUCGGGGCUGCUGGGCCGCAAUCAUGACCAAUAGGAGCUAGGAGGCGGAGCGGAGUAUCAGGCAGGGCGGAGCCACAGCCAACGUACUUGAUUUUUGAUCAAGCAUUGUGGAGCUUCUCGUUCAGUUUGCGUUUUUCUCACUUGCUGAAAUGUGCAGGGUUUGACUUUUACUAGGCUAAUGUCAUAGUCUCCGCCCUUGCUUUUUGCUGCCAUUGCGGCGACUAUCGGGGCUGUGGCUCGGACGUUGCUUUAGGGUGGAGUGGAAAGAACCUGAAGGGCUAGUGGCCUCGGUUGGCGCAGGCUCAGAGACGCUGUGACGCCACCUCUUCCUCAACAGUGCAGGGGAUUUGAACCCAGGGCCUUGUGCAUGCAAGGCAAGCACUCUACCAACAGCUAUAUCCCCAACCCUCUCUGAGCAUUUCUUAGAAGAACACUCUGAGAAGGUUCCCACUGAAGGAUGGUCCCAGGCUGGAGGCCUGGCUGCGGCGCAUGGGCCGGGAGCACUGGGUGCCCAGCUGCCACCAGCACUUGUGUAGUGAGCACUUCACGCCUUCUUGUUUCCAGUGGCGCUGGGGUGUGCGCUAUCUGCGGCCAGAUGCGGUGCCUUCCAUUUUCUCCCAGGUGCCACCAGCCAAGAGCCAGCGAAGGACCCGAAGUACCCAGAAACCUGUCGAGCCUCCUCCACCUCCUCCUCCGCCGCGACAGGAGGCUGCACCUGGGACCCGGGACACCGUCGCAGCCUCUGGCCCAGUGCACGUAGUGGUGCUGGGGCCUGCAUCUGGGGGCUCCGAGGCUGCGUCCACCGUGCUCCUGACGCCCUUGCCCCUUCCGUCCACUCCCGCAGGGCGUUGGACUGGAGUUCCUGCCCAGCGCCCGGGGGCGGGACUGGGAGCGGUGCUGGGAGCACUGCAGCGGCGGGUGAGAAGGCUGCAGCGGCGCCACCAGCGGCACCAGGCUCAGCUCCGGGCUCUGGAGCAGCUGGCGCUGCAGCUGCGCAGGAAGAUCGUGCAGGCUCAGGUGCGCCUGGGCCAGCUUCGCGCGCUGCCUGGAUCUGAGGAAUCCCAAACCUUCACCAUCAUCUGUGGAGGGCCUGACAUAGCUGUGGUCCUUGCCCAAGGCCCUGCACCUGCCACCCUGGAUGCCAAGCCUCAGCUGGACACACAGUCACCCAGUGCAUAAGGGUCAGGACAGACAAUAUCAAGGGACCGAAGAGAGAAGAUGGAAGAAGAGAGCCCAUCACUCAUGUGCUUGGCCCAACUGUAUUGCCCAUGCCUGGGGAAUAGCAGUGCCUCCCCCAAGUACCCAGGUUCUGCUCCCCACUUCUAGAGAUCCCUUGAAUCCUAUGGGUGACUGGGUCCAGACCCUCAUCCCCUGGAUAUCUCGCCCCUGCCACCCCCAGCUCAAAUCUUUGUAGUUAGUAAAACAACCUCAGCAGAAAAAGGGUCACUGGGGAAUGCUGUACCUGGUUCAAAGAGCCCUUGGCACCCUGUGCCAAGCCUGCUGCUGAGUUGGGGACAUGGCAGUGAACACAGCUGAAAACCAUCCCUGCCCUCAUGGUGCUCACAUUUUGCUUGACUUGAAGGUGAACUAGUAAACUAAUAAACUGGAUCACUCUGACUGAUAUGUGCUGUAAAAACUGAAAUAAAAUAUGCUUGAGAGGAAGGUGUGGGGAGAGGGCUGUCUAAGAAGGCAGCAUUUGAGCACAGACCUGGGUGGUGAGGAGUCAACCUGUAGGUCAUGUGGACAGGUGUUCCAGGACAAGAACAGAUCUGCAGAGGACCUAAUGUCUAGGGCAUUGGAGGGAGGAGGGCAGUGUUGCUCUGAAAAAAGUUAAAGUGGGGAAGGGCCUGGGGCAGGUGCAAUUUUAGAUAGAGCAGAGGUGUCCUUGAAAAGGCAAACAAAAUCCAAAAGAGGGGAGAGAAGGAAGCAUGCAAGGACUUAGGGGAAGAGCCUUCCAGGCAGAACAGCCUGGGGUGCAGAAAAGCAAGGAGGCCAGUAUGGUCAGAGUGGAGUGAACAGAGAGAGGAGGUGAGACUGGAGACAUGGUGGGCAAGUGUACCUAGGGCCUUAUGGGUUGUGGCUGGGAGCAUUGGCUUUUACCUGGAGUGAGGUGCAGUAGGCAUAUGCUU